GAGCUCUCUCUUCCCCAAAAUCUUCCCAUAUAAAACACAUAGAAAACAGAAGCUUAUACUCCAAGCACAACAUCACCACCCUCCUUUUUUUAUUAUUAUUUAUUAUUUUUAAUUUUUUUUUUUAAAUUGAUAUAAAUACAUAAUUAAUAUAUCCAAACCAAAGAAGCAAAGCAUCUCUUCUUCUUCUUCUUCUUGGACACCUCCUUGCUUUCUCCUGAGGAUCAAAGAACACGUGGCAACCAGUGAUGGGAGCUGAUACAACAACCUCAAAUUACUGGUUAAAUUGGAGAGUUUUUCUAUGUGUUGUAUGGGUUUUAACAGCAAUGUGUUUGUCUUCAUAUCUUAUAACAAAAUAUGAAGGACCCUUGAAUGGAAAAUCAAGAAAUAGAAAUGAAGAUGAAGAUGAAGAAGAUAAUGAUGAUGAUUAUGGAGGGGUGUUGUAUGAUGAUGAAGUUUGGAAGCCAUGUUUGAAAGGAAUCCAUCCAGCUUGGUUGAUGACUUUCAGAAUAUUUGCUUUUUUUGUGCUCUUGAUUCUUAUUAUCUUAAAUGCCAUUGUUGAUGGAGGCAGCAUAUUUUACUACUACACACAGUGGACUUUUACAUUGAUAACAAUAUAUUUUGGGAUUGGAUCCAUGUUGUCAAUUUACGGAUGCUAUCAAUACCACAACAAAGUCGGUGGUGACAGAAGUGAGGAAUUAGACGAAGAGCAAGCUGUAAGAGAUGAAAUUACCAAUUUGCCCCAAUCUGGGAAAAUCAUAGGCGCUAAAAAUCGAAGACAGCCUCGCCAAGUCGCCGGCUUUUGGGGGUAUACUUUUCAGAUCAUGUUUCAGAUGCAAGCAGGUGCAGUUGUGCUUACUGACUGCGUUUUCUGGUUUAUCAUAGUCCCAUUUCUUGCCAUUAAAGAUUAUAAUUUAAAUUUUUUCAUUAUUAAUAUGCACUCGAUCAAUGCUGUGUUUUUGCUUGGUGACACUGCAUUGAAUAGCUUGAGAUUUCCUUGGUUUCGAAUUGCAUACUUUGUCCUCUGGACAUGUGUUUUUGUUGUUUUCCAGUGGAUUGUUCAUGCGUGCAUAGCACUUUGGUGGCCUUACCCUUUUCUUGAUCUCGCAUCUUCAUUUGCUCCAUUAUGGUAUUUAUUAGUAGCAUUGUUGCAGAUACCAUGUUAUGGAAUUUUUGUUCUUGUGAUAAAACUGAAGCAUUUUCUCCUGUCCAAAUACUUCCCUGAUUCUAAUCAAUACACUCUAUGAUGAUGAUGACGACGAUGAUACACAUGGAGAUUUAAUACACAUGGAGAUUUUCUAGUGAGACUGAUAAAAAUGUUAGAAUGUUAAUAGCAUUCGUAGAGAAAUUGGCAUAUAAUUGUUUGCUGUAAUUAUACGUUAUAUAUACAAGCUUGGAGCAUUA